UACUGUGUGAGCUGUGAUUGGUCACAGCUUGUCACAUGGUACAAGGCUGUUGUGAAUAGCCUUGUACCAUGUGACCUCUGUGAUCAUUCACAGAUUUCACACAUAGUAAGCAAUGAUGUCAGAAGUGACAUCUUGCUUACUACUCUGCAUGUGAUCACUGAUUGGCCAAUCAGUGCGCUGAUCAUGGCCGCAGGUGUCAAUCACCGGGUCCCAACAGGUGAUUACCUGCCGGAGAUUACCUGCAAACACUGACAGGGAGGACGGCUGCAGUGUUUACACUGCAGAUCUCCUCCCUGUCAAUUUGAGCACAGCUUUCCAA